CAAAAUGAUCUUCACAAGUUUCAGUUAUCUUGUGGGACUUUUCCUGAUCUCAGGGAUUCAAGCCAAGAGUACCUUUAACCCGGAAGAAACUCGAUUCGCCGUGACAAGAUGCAUGGAAGAAGCUUCCAAAUUGUCAUCGAAUAAAAAAGAUCAAGUUCAAAAGUGGAUGACUGGGCAGCUGGAGAAUGAUGCAGCAACACAGGCCUAUGUUCGGUGCAAUGUAGUUUCGACGGGAGUUUUCGAUACGGUUUCGAGAACAUUCAAUGUGCAAAAUAUCCUAAAUCAAUGGAAACGUUAUGAAAAAUACGACAAGUUGGGUCUUACUCAAGCAGCAAUAGACGAGCUAGUGGAAGCUGCUCAAUCAGUGGGAACACUGGAUGGCGAUUCAGAUUCUAAUCCCGAGCCUGUGUUCACCAGUUACAUGAACAUACUAAGAAAACAUAAAAGCACCCUGUUGAGCCUUUACCAUGUGAAUGAGGUUUAUCAGUCUCAAAUAUAUCAAGCUUUGGGCAGGAAACUUAAGCAAAAGAAUGAAACCGUAUAUGAACAUUGCACCAAUUUGUACUACCCUGAAUCGAAAGCAGAACUCCGUAGACAAAAAUGUACCACACGUGCAACCUUAUUAAAUGACGACGCCAAUUUGGAAGAAUACUCGUAUUGUAACUUCUAUGGAUAUCGAUACAUUAGCAAGGACUACGAUAUAAAUGUCGAUGAAUUCGCUAGAGAUUUCGCUUUGGCUGGAUUACCGGGAGAAAAAAUACGCCAAGCAGUUAACACCUGUAUUGAGAAUGAACCGAAGAGCGUCGCUGAUAAUCAACGUUCGUGGUACAUGUACAAAUGUUUGAUGGCUGAUUCAGCAGUGGUAGAAGAUUUUGUGAAAUCCAUUCAAUACAGACAACUGCGCUCCAAAGACUACAAAUAUCUAAUAAUUGGGGGAACAUAUGAUGAAGCUGCAAUUAAACAAGCAUCCGACGAAGUUAAGGCUAGAUUGUGCGGCAAUUAAGGCUGACCUCUAUGAAAUGUAAAUGGACAAUGUGUUAACCUUAGUAUUUCCAUUAAGAUUAUUAUAUAAGUUGAUGAAUAAAAAAUUGCAUGCUCAUAACACCAAAA